AUAGUUCGCACCAACUGUGCAAGCACAGCUGAUUCUACUGACAGCAAGCUAAAGAUUGACAUUUCAUUUCUCUGUUUUUCUGUUCGUGUGUAAAGCAAGUGGCAACUAAAUAAAGUGUGUUAUGACUUUAGCCCGCUUGGCAAGGAAGUACGGAGCUGUUAUAUUCUUCCCCACAUUUACAGUAACAACGAUUUUAGUCGACUGGACUCAUACAAGAGCCUGGAAAGAACAACAACGUCAGCUUGCUCGAAAUAAAGAAUUGUUAACUGAUUAAAAAACUCU